AUGGCCUCUAGUCUGAAACUGUCUGGGAUCGCCUGCUUGGCUUUGCUGGGCUCGACUGUUGUCGCAGGGAAGGACAGUUGCUCUGCUUGCAGUUGCAGCUUGACUCAUUUCAAUGCGACGGUUGGAGGACGCGUGCAGCCUCUGACUCCUUUCUCCUUGCCGUGCUUCUCGAGUUACAAUGGCCGUCCGGUGGCUCGCGACGAUGCUGCCUGUGCUGCCAUUCAGGCCAAGUACACCGAUCCGUGGCUGCGAACCAACUCUCCCAAUGGCUACAUGAACAACCAGGAUGAGAUGUGGUCGUCGGAUCCCAGUGAUCAGUGCCUGCUCGACAGUAGCGAUCCCACCGAUCCCCUGGCGUUUGUGAAUGCCACCUGCCGGCAGGGUAACAUGCCCUCGCACUAUCUCGAGGUGCACAGCGCCAAGGACGUGAUCGAGGCCUUCCGAUACUCGAACUGCUCCGGCCAGCGGCUGGUCAUCAAGAACAGCGGUCAUGACUAUCUCACUCGCAGCAGUGGCCGUGGAACGCUGGCCCUGUGGACUCGCAACCUGAGGUCCAUCCGCUACGACCCGGCUUUUGUUCCCAGCGGCUGCAAAAGGACCGGUCUCAAGUAUAAAGCCAUCACCGUCGGCGCCGGAGUCAACUUCGACGAGGCGUACGCCUUUGCGCAGCAGCACAACGUCACCAUCCUGGGCGGAUACUCGUCCACCGUCGGACUCUCGGGCGGUUGGGUCCUGAACGGCGGCCACUCGAUCCUCAGCCCCGUGUACGGGCUCGGGGUCGACCGCGUCCUGGAGUUCAAGGUCGUCACUCCAGACGGCGUCUUCCGGACCGCCAACGAGUACCAGAACGCCGAUCUCUUCUGGGCCCUGCGCGGCGGCGGCGGCGGAACCUUUGGCGUCGUGCUCGAAUCCACCCACCGCGUGGAGCCGGCCGUCCGCUUUGUGUCUGCCAACAUCAACUUCCCCAGUACCUCCUCCAACAUGCUCCCGUUCAUGGAAAUCGUCGUCAACAACACCCUCAAAUGGGCCCAGGAAGGCUGGGGGGGCCAUAUCACCGGCAGCACCCUCGUCAACGUCUCUCCCUUGCUUACCGUCGAGCAAGCCAAAGCCUCUCUGGCCGAGGUCAUCGCCUACGCCGAGGCCAACGGCGGCUCCGCGUCCAUCGAAGAGUUCCCAUCGUGGUACCCCUUUUACGAAAAGUACGUGACCACCAGCUCCGUCGCCGUCGGGGUCACCCGUUUCCCCGGUAGCCGGCUGAUCCCGCGCUCGGUCUUCGAGACGGCCGAGGGCCGCGCUAGUCUGAUGGACUUCUUCGCGCUGCUCCAGUCUAUGGGCCAGACGCCGUAUAUCCCCGUCGUGGGACCGGUGCUGUACAACUACACCGAGGGGUCAACGAGUGCGGCUCCCGCGUGGCGGCAGGCCGUCUGGGAGCUGGGUUCGGGCACGUCAUGGGCGUGGAACAGCACGUUGCCGACGCGGAAGCAGAAGAUCGCGGGGAUCCAGAGCAUGACGGCUGUCAUUGAGGGGAUCACGCCGGGUAGCGGAGCGUACAGUAACGAGGCGAACCCGUUCACUAUCAACUGGCGCGAGGCGUGGUGGGGCGAGAACUACGAGCGCUUGCUCCGCGUGAAGAACAAGUAUGAUCCUCGGGGGUUGUUGAAGUGCUGGAAAUGCGUUGGGUGGGAGGAGUCUGAUGCUGCCACUUCGCCUUUUGCGGCGGCUUCAGCGACCCUCUCGAUGCAAUCUCGAAACUUCACCCCGCCGCGGAAGAUCGAGGAUUGCAUUCAGUCUCCUGUCAAAAUGGCUAGCUUUCUUGCCGUCGCAGCAUAUCUGACUGUGAUUGCUGCGGCCCAUCCACUGUCGACCAGGCUGUACCCUACCGUUCUACGGAGGGAUACCACGGCCACCAGCGUUGAGCCUGUGUCAGCAAUCUCUCUUUACUAUCAAGCAGCAGCCAACUCGAGCUCAAUCGGCGCUCUCAUCCAAGCGGACUUGCAGCUCCCCUCCAUCGUCCUCGAAGAUGUCAACGAUGUAUCAAGCGUGACCUGUUCGGUCGACAGCCUGACGGUGACGUUCAACUCCACGACCACCUUCAACCAAGCAUACUCCUCCUGGCCUCGCUCACACCUUCUCCUCGUAACCAACCACCUAGGGAACUGCGACGCGGAAGCCGACCGCGGACUCUACCGCGCCGCCUCUCUCCUCUUCCACCCCUCAACCCUCACCAUCACUGCCUCCACACGCAAAACCAACCUCCAGCAACAAGCCAAAACCAUCACCAUCGUCUUCGGCCACCCUGACCCAUCCCAACACAAGCGCGAGCUCGCCACCAGCAUCGACCUCGCCUGGUCAGGCGACCUCAUCCGCACCAACGGCCUAACCAUCCACGCCAACCACGCCACCCUCGACGCCGCAAUCUCCAUCGACGGGAUCAUCGCGUACCACGUCGAGACAAGGACAGCAACGACCCUCGGCCUCGACAUCGCCGUCGCGCUGGAUUCGAGUCUCGGCCUCUCUGUCUCAGCCGCAAGGCCGUUCCUGCGCAACGUCUACACAUACCGAUGGAGCCCCGUCGAGGCGGCGGGCUUCUCCAUCCCCGGGAUCUUGACCGUGGGGCCGAUACUCGAUCUCCACGUGGGCGUCGACAUGGGGAUGAACGGGACGGCUGAGGCCCAGAGUAACAUGAGCAUGGCGACGAACGGGCUGUUCCAUCUCGAUCUACUCAACAUGACGGAUAGCUCUGCGCGGAGCGUCGCGCCGACAGCGACGACCAGCUCGCGGAUGGAUACGGCGGCGGAUAUGCAGCUGGAUCCGUUCGUUGGGGCGGAGGUGGGGGUGACGGUGAAUCUGUUCGAGGGCUUGCUGGAUUUGUCGUCUGGGUUGGCGGCGCGGGCGACGGUCGUGAAUGUCUUUGAUGUUGAUGCGGAGGUGGUGGUUGGGGCCGAUGGGGAUGUGACGCUGGUUCCUCCUCCGACGGAUGCGAAUGGAGGCUGUGAGAAUGGGUAUUGGAUGACGAGUGAUUUCUGGUUUAAUGUCACGGCGAGCAUGACGGCGCUGGUUACGAUGGAUUUGUAUCAUCUCGAUAUGCCUCUGAUGCAGACUCGGUGUAUUGCGUUUUAG